AUGAACGUUGCCCAAUUUGUAUGCGGUCUCUUCUUGCCUACCACCAACAUCCACGUCAACGCCGAUUUCAACCACUGCCACCUGUUCCUUUUUCUCGGCCAAUGGCUCGCCGAGGGCACCUUACAUCUCGAUGCUGCAUCGUCCGCUCGCUACUCACCGCUAACACUUCGCGUCGCUCGUCUUUUUCUCCGGUAUUUGAGCCCGAAGCUUCCGCUCCCCUCGACCAACAAUGACAAACCCUCUCCGAUCGACGGCUGCGAUGGCCGCGUUGAGCUCCUCAGGUAUAUCCCUCAACUGCCCCUUCUGAUCGCUCAGGUUGCGCCUCUUCUUGGUCCCGUCAAGGCCCUUUUUGAGACACAUAUAAUCCCUUCCCUUCGCGACUCUAAGCCGACGUACGCCGACUUGGUACUACUCAACGAAAUGAUACGGCAUUCACACCUGCUUUCGCUGCGCAUGACCGCAGUAUUGCAGCAAGCCGAGUAUCUUCGUGUGGCAUUAAGUGCCGUGAACGCUGACGCGCUGUGGUCGCCAGUCAUCACAAAUAACGACGGCGACACGACCGAAACAGCAUCAUUAUGGAAUUCGUCUAUGCUGGACGGCUGGGCAGGCUCUCAUGAGAAGUUGGCAAGGGUCCACGCAGCGUUUGAUCAUCUCGUCAAGGCAGAGAACGGAUCUGGGCCGAUGCCUGAGCCUGUUGGCGUGAGGUUUCUCGCCCCCCUGGGGCUCGCCUGCAAAGCUAGCUUCGAUGAGUUUGCGACGUGGUGCGGUCCCGUGUGGCUGUCUUUGGCUACUUACAACCGGCAGUUGAUCCGCGAACGCGACAUUAAUAUAGCCAUGCUUGAGUAUUUGCUUCAUGAGCGCGAGUGGUAG